AUGGCAGGGAUCAUCGCGUCGAAGCUAGCCCUCGGGCAGGUGACCAAAACAUUCAACAGCCCUAUCGCCCGGACCUGGGCCCUUUGGUCCUCGUUUGGAGCCGCUCACCUCUACAUAGCCGGGUGUGAUGCCGUAGAGUUGCAUGGGUUUGGUGUUGGGUCUGUCCGCAUUCUCUCCAUGUACGGCAACAAGGUCCACGAAACUUUGAAAUAUAUCGACCCCGCCACCCACUCCUACGCAUAUUCGAUUGCCGACUCACCUGGAUUUCCAGCCACUGGCUCCCUCGGUUUCAUCCAGUUACAAGAACUUACAAAGGGGCAAACGCAGAUAACGUGGAGAGGUUUUGCAGAUCGUGUUGUACCAGGAGCCGAGCAGUCUUUGAAGCUGCAGUUGGAUGCACUAUAUAGUGAUUCUAUUGAGAAGGCCCGCAAAGCCUUGGAGCAGUAG